GUCUUCUCGGGAAGCUUCGACAAGCGAGUGAAGGAAGUUGCGCCCAUGUUUGGAAAUGUUCCCCCGAGGCGCCGCUUCAGCCCGAAGAAUAACGAUUAGCUGGAGAACAGCGAGUGCUGGACGCACAUCACAUUAGCGCUCCCGGACGGAAGAUUUUAAUACAGCACAGCGGACAAUUAUCAUCAUCAAUAUUAUCAUGGCACAGGCAAAAAUACACGCAAAAAUGAACGAAUCUGCCUGCAGCAAAUUCAGCAGGACGCUGUCUAUGGCAGAUCGCUCCGGGCGACUCCUGGAAAGUUUGGAUCAGCUGGAAAUGAGGGUGGAGGCUUUACGCGACGCCGCAUCAGCCAUGGAGCAGGAAAGGGAGAGCAUCCUGGAAAUGAUUCAGUCCGUGCAGAACAGUCAGGAAAUGCGAAACAUCUGUCCGGGUGAGAGAGAAGAGUUGAAUUUAACUGCAAACCGUCUGAUGGGCCGAACCCUGUCUGUGGAGAUCUCUAUUGGCACAAUCAGGAACCUCCAGCAGGAGGAGGCGCUGCAGAAGGCCACGUCUAUAAUAGAUGAAAUAGUGAAAAAGUUACUGAGUGACAUGGAAGGUGCUCGGCAGCAGCUGCUGGCUCUGCACGCGGCCUGCGUGACCGAAGCACCGCCUGUCCCCAUUGACCAGAAGUUUCAGGCUAUAGUGAUCAGCUGCGCUCUGGAGGACCAGAAGAAGAUCAAGACAAGGCUGGAGACUCUGGUGAGGAACACUGAAAACGCUGAGAAGAACAUCAAGAUUAUGGAUCACCAAAAACUCGAGGACACAAAAGCCAAUGGAGGUCACUAAGGCUCCUGAGCAACAUCUAAAACUCGUGUUGAAUUCCACUAACCUCACACAAAAUUGAUGAAAACUUUUAUGUGUUUACUUAAUUUCAGGAGUUAUGCUGCAGCAAAGCAAAUCUUUGUGGGAAAAGUACAGUGAUUCAUUGCCUUGCAAAUGUAGCCACACCCCUGAACUUCCUGUUUACUGUAUUACCUCAUACAGCAGUGUAUUUCAUUGGGAGUCUUGUGAUAGAUUAACACAUAGUAAGAUUCUUUUAUUUCAAACAAAACAUUUGAAAAAACAUGUAUCAAUUUGCUUCCACUUCACAAUUAUGCACCACUUUGAUCGGUUUCAUUAAAAUACAUUAAAGUUAUUAGUUCUUCUGAAACAGAAUACUAUAUAAUAUUGAGUUUGGGAGGAAUAAAUACAUGUGCAAGGCACUGAAUCAAACCCUAAAGACAGAAGAAAUGCAGUUACCUAUAUAGUAUUGUUUAUACUAACUGUAUGCAUGUUCAUCAAGUCAGGAGUUGUUUACCAAAUGAUAUUUGAUCAUGCAACAAUGUGAGAAUAAUUGAAAAGUAUAUUCCACAGUAAGAUGCUCAUUAAAAUUGGAUAAAUUAUGUGUAGAAUCCAAAUGCCAAAAGCAAGCUUGAUAAAUUAUGAAAAUAUUAUUCUAUAACUGGAUUAUUCCAGUUGACAAUCAUUCAAUAGAGUGUCUUCUACUCUAAUUUUUAAACCUCAGCUUUAGGUAGAGAAGGAUUAUGGAUAUGCUAUGCACUACCUCCUUGUGUGAAGG